CUUAGUACCGUUCGGCCAUGUCAGACGUGGACUAUGUCAAGAGAGAGUCUGAAGACGUGUUAAAUGCUGAUCACUUUGAAAGUGAAGAGUCAGACUGGCAGGUACAAAAAGAGCUCGCAUUACUGAACGCCAUCUCGAAAUGCAAGCCAGUUGGCAUGCACAAGCACUUUAGGAUCAUAAGUAUUCAGCGCCAAUACAACCAAGACAACCCUUCCCCACUUACUAUAGAGGAAAUCUGGCGGGAGCUUGAGCACCUCUAUGGAAUUGAAGCUCUCAACGAAUUGGAAGAAGCGGACGAAGAGGACGAUAUGGAUAUGGACCAGCCCGGUGCAGGAGAGUUUACACUGCCUAUGGAUGAUUACGAGCAACUGAUCUUCGAACAUCGACAAGACGAUCAAUCAUCACAGCAAGGCUCCAUAUCGCCAACCAUAACUCCCUUAAAAAAGAAGGCUGCAAGGAAAGAAUCUUCACCAACAUCAUCCAUAACGGGCUCAAAUGCAUCGACUCCAGAGCCAGAGGAAGCUAAAAAAGUGCGACGACCACGAGGAAAACGAUCGGAUGCCACACCUGAGCCAGUCAGUAAAACAACGACAGGAAGGCGGUCAACGCGAGGGUCAGCGGCACCACGAGGCGGUAGAAAAACCAAAAAGAAAUAGUGAUUAGUCAGAGACGAUAUAAUUGUAAUAUAAUGUGAACUGAACAUGGUAGCGGCAAUGUUUUUAUUUUUGCAUAAUGUUUUUGGAUUGCAAUACACCUUGGCAGGGCAGUGCAAAAGAGCUGAAAAUUGGCGAAUAGUACAAGAAUUAUUAUUUCCAUCUUUUUCUUGAACCUACAAGUGAACACCUACGCUCGGAAGAACAGCCUACGUUCUACAAACAAUCAUAUCACAAUCUCAAAGCUUGUUAGCUAUUUACAGGGUUCUCAACUUUUGACAUUAUCUAUGGUUACAGUAGAAUCAAAUGCUUACCAAGCCAACUUGGAUAGAAUAAUUGAAAUGAUACUUCAAACCAGCAAUAAACUAACAACCUGUAAAUGAC